CGCUUUCAAAGUGUGACAGCUGGUAAUCAGGAAGUGAUUUUGAGACGAAAGUCUUCCUUUUCCAGCCUUUUUGCAAUGUUUUGAGACGUGCAAUCCCAAGAUCAGCAAUGGCAUUUCUCUGUCCAGUGCGCAUACGGCGUGGGAAGAAGAAAAAGGCACUGGGAGCCGAGCUGGACAAGGAUCUCACGCUUCAGGGCGGCCUGGGACUGAAUCAUGGCAUGGGGCGUAUCACGGGAUCUGCCAGCAUUGAGACACUGGUGCGUGUGGGCAUUGAAAAGGAGCACGGCCUGAGUCCGGACUCAAAAAUGGUGGUGAUGCACGACUUCACGCCGUGCGUGGACGACGAGCUGGAAGUGAAACGCGGGCAGAUUGUUAACAUCCUGUACCGUGAGAAUGACUGGGUGUACGUGAUUGGACAGGACACGCGGCAAGAGGGCUUCAUUCCGCACUCCUACUGUGCUCCUUUCAAUACCCAACUCGCAGAUUUGGCCAUCAAGAAGAAACUGCCCAGAGACCAAGUGGUGGGCUUAACCACAGUGGAGAUCAACGAAGGGGCGCCCGAGAUUGCGACAGAAUUGAUGGACGACUCAGCACCGGGAUUGAUGGGUCUGCAAACCUCUCUCAAACACUCUCAGGCCAGUUUGAGUUCCGAGCCUGACUUCUUGCCAUUCGCCAAGGACCCCAGCGGUCGUUACAUCGUGCUUUACACCUUCAUUGCGCGCGAUGAGAACGAUGUUUCCGUGGAGCGCGGAGAGUUUGUGACUGUACUGAAUCGGGAGGAUCCGGACUGGUUCUGGAUUGUGCGCAGUGAUGGCCAGGAGGGUUUUAUCCCCUCUGGCUUCGUCUAUCCCGCCGACAAUGUGCUUCAGGGCAACGUGAAGGCACCCUCAAAUGCUCCCAACAAUAAUAACAACAACAACAAUAACAGCUUAUCUACGCCCAGUUGUCCUGCCAAUCCUGCUCAGACGGCUGCGCCGAUUUCCGGGGCCACAGCAAAUGGCAAUGGGGCUGGUCAGCAGAUUCUGGGCGGCUCUGAGGAUCUGCGCUAUCACGGCACGGAGCUGGUGAUGCUGUAUGAUUAUAAAGCACAGGCUCCGGAUGAUUUGUCCGUGCGCCGUGGCGACUGGAUUUACGCCGAUCUGAACAAUCAGACUGUGGAUGGGUGGCUGUGGGCGUACGCACCGAAGACGCGAAAGUAUGGCUUCAUCCCCAAGGCGUACGCCAGGCCACCGGCGAUGACUAGCCUGUAGCGGCAGCACUGAAAGGUGAGUUAUUGCGCCCUGGCGGUCAUUCUUCAGUAUUGUCUUGAGACAUUCAUC